UGACUGGAAAAUCCUUUUAAUUAAAAUUCUCAUCUACAUGGAAUUCUCACUUUAUGGAAAAAUCGAAACAUUUAUCAACACGUUUUUGGGGAAAAAAAGUUUUUCUAAAAUAUUUAUUAUUAACAAAUAAAUAAUGUCUACAAUCAAAAGAAAAGCAACAAAUAACGAGGCAUCCGAGCAGAAACGAUUGAAAUUUUCCACCGAUGAGUUAAUAGAAGAAUUGAAAACCCUGGAAAAUGAUGAAAUAAAAACAGGAAUUAUCAACUGCAAUCAAAAAGCGAUCAUCAAUGUUAAUAAUCAAAAAAUUGAUCUUCAAAACAUCGAUAAAAAUUUCCCUCAAAAAUUAUUCCACAAAAACGAAUCAAGAGCAACAAAUUCAAAAAUAAUCCAACUAAAAAUUGAAACCAUCAACAAUAAUUUACUAAAUUACCUCGGACAAUCGAUAACAAACGAGAAACUUGGUAGCAAAUACCAAGCAAUUGCAAAAAAAUUAAUCAUCUAUCGAGAAAAUGAUUUUCGUCCACCGUCCAAUGACGAUUUAAUUCCAGCAACAUCCGAAGAAUCCAAAGAAAAAUAUCAACUAAUCAUCAUUUGUCCCACAAAUUGUCAAGGCGGUAAUAUUUAUUUUCCCGAAUUAAAAAAGAAAUUCAUUCCCACAAAUGAUAAAAUGAAUUACAUUCUAUUUGAAAAACAACGAAAAUACAAAUUAUCGAAGGUGAAGAAAAAUUCACGUUUCACAAUUAUUUACAAAAUAAUUGAAAAUUCCCUCGACAUUCAAUUGAAUGAUAAACUUUUAUUCAACGAGACGGAAAAUUUGCAAAUCAUUCUCAAGAAUAUUCGGGAGAAAAAUGUUUUAAUUUCCCUAAAUGACGAUGGGAAUUUUUUGCAGAAAAUUUGCGACGAUUUUGCUAUUAAUUACAAGGAAGUUUAUUCCGACGAGGAAUGUCCGAAUAAAGUUUAUGAUCAACUCGAGGACAAUGAGUAUGAAUAUUAUUAUCUUGGUUGGCACAAUUCGGAUGUGGAUUUUGGUAAUUUCGUCGAAAAUCAAAUUCCGUAUGAUGUGGGGAAAUUUUUGCAAAUUACGAGGCCGAGGAAAAUUUUUAAACCAGUUGUGAGAUAUUAUAAUCCUGCUAUUGGACCAAAGGAAACAUUCUACGAUGUUGAUUACUAUCGAUUUUUAUUGAUCAAUCCAAGCAGGAGUAUUAGCAUUGAAAUUGAAAAUUAUCAGGAGAGUCAAUCGGACGAGGAGGAAUUGGACGAUGAAGUUUGGAGGAUCAAUAAAUAUUUCUCGACAAUUCCAUUUUAAAAUUCGAGAAACGAAAA